CGCGACCUCACCUCCCGGACCUCCUACCAGUAUCUCCUCCUCUUCUACUUCUCAGCCGAUUCCUUCCCUCUUCAUCGGCCAAUUGCUUCCGUGCUUCUUGUUGUCAUUAUUGUUUAAUUCAGCUUCACUUUCUUUGAUUCUUAUCUUCUUGAAUCUCCAUAUUCUUUAAAAUGGCCUCUCCCCGUGCUGCUUCCCCCAUGACCUCCGGUGCUGAGUCCGGUCCCGACUCCAAGUCUGCUGGCGCUGGCACCGGCGCCUCUGCUGUCUCCUCCGUCAACCGCCCUUCCUCUCCCACUCCUCCUGGUGGUCCCCGGGCUGCUCUGCGUCGUCGCGCGGCCGCUGACCACAAGGAGUCCCUCCGCAAUGCCAGACCCAGCUCGACUCGCGCCGCCGGUGCUGGUGGCUCCUCCGGCACCAUGCUCAAGCUCUACACUGACGAGAGCCCCGGUCUGAGGGUCGACCCCGUCGUUGUCCUGGUUCUCAGUCUGGGCUUCAUCUUCUCCGUCGUUGGUCUCCACGUCAUUGCCAAGAUCACCCGCAAGUUCUCCGCAUAAGCCGCUGAAAUGCGACUUGUACUCUCGUCUUGUUGCUGUCUCCUGAUUCUAUAAUACGUGAUAUGUCUGGCUCGUGUCGAAUGAUUCGGGGUCGCGCGCGAGAUCAGCAGCGCGAGGAUCAAGCGAGGCCAGCGAAUCCACCAUCCAACCUUUUGCCCUUCGAUACAUAUACCCCUGGUGUCCCUUGCCUCUUUCUUGUGUGUGCUGGUAGUGGGGAAGGCACAUGCCGAUCUUGUGCUUCUACAAUUGGUCCAAAUCUAUCUGCAGUAUAGGAUGGAACAAUCAUCGCUAUAAAAACAUGCCGUGCACUUGUGCCCAUCAACAAUUAAUGGAGAGCCUAAUUCCGUGAAGAAAUGCGUUUUUGUGUAAUAUAGUGCUUGUCAAUGAAAACGAGACUCGUCGAAGCGAAC